AUGUAUUUAGGAAUUGUUCGAAGUGUCAGUGAUUAUAAAUCCUCUGCUGCAGACCAACAAUCACAGCAAGAAUUAAAUAAUUUAAGAAAAUCUAGAACAACAACUAAUGCUUUCAAUUCAAAUAAAAAUAUUGAAAAUUCUCCAGAUUCUUUAAAUGAUGAGAGUUUUUCUAAUGGAAUACAAAAAAUUGAUGAUCUUUUUCAUUAUUCCGAUGAUGGCGGUUUUAGCUCUUUUAAUUUGUCCUUAACUGGUGGAGCUAAUGCACCAAUUGUUAAAAUGAAUGAAAUAUGUUCUGGGGCUUCAAUUGACAGUGAAUCUGUAAAUGGAACAAAAUUUGAGAAGCAAGAAGCAGAAAAACAAAAAGAGGAAGAAGAAACAAUUGGAGGAGGAGGGGGAGGAGGAGUUGCUAGUAGUAGUAAUAUAUUAGCUACAACUACAACAAAAUCCUCACUUCGAACAUUGACUUGUAAUUUAUCUGGAGAUGAUAGUACAUCCCAAUCUAGUCAACAAACAAUUAUUGCCCGUCCCUUACAACAACAACAACAACAACAGCAACAAACAAUUAAACAACAACCAAAACAACAACAAAAUACUCCAAUUCCUCCAACCCCUAAAUUAUCAAAAAUAAUUACAAAACGCUCAGAUUCGGAAAUGAGCGUUGGAUUAGGUGAAAAAUCAGCGGGUGAUUCUCCUUUUCCUUCAACAGCUUCUUUAACAGCAGACCCUCACGAAGCUAAUUAUUUAGAUAUUGCCGUUCUUAGAUGUUUAUUAAUUAAAAAUUGGGCAGAAAGAGGAGUAUUUUGGGCAGUAAAAUAUUUAUUAAAUCGUUUAAUAGCAAUGCGUCAAUAUAGAUGUUUACAUGAAGGAAUGUUUAGAUCAAGAUGUAACUCAGACACUGCUGCAAACAGAAAAGUAUCUAAAAAUGAGACAACAAAUCUUGAAUCGCAAUAUUUAACUUGGGCUGAUUUACAACAAGAAAACCCUUCUACGGAAAAAAUUGAAGAAACAAACAUUCCUCCUCCUUCCCCUCAAAAACAACAACAACCUCCAAUAGAAAAUGUUUCAUUAAUUAAAGAACGUCGAAAGUCUAUAUUAGGGUUAAAACGAAGUAGUGUUGCUGAACAAAAACAAGAAAUUGCUAAACAAAAAGAAGAAAGUUUUUUAAUACCAAAAAUUGAUAGCGAUAAGCGUAGGCGAAGAAUUUCAGCAAAUACUUUACCUAUUAAACAGACAAAAAAGAUUUCUCGUGCAGAAAUAGCUUCUGGUUUUUCAAAUAAAAAUGCUCGAAGCCGUAGCGAGCCUUCACUUUUUUCGCGUCAUUCUGAUUCUUUAAUCCAUGGAAGGUGUUCUAUCUGCCCUCCUUCAUCUCUCCAAACAGAUCCUCAAGACAAAUCUUCACCCCCAUCAAACUAUCAAAGAAAAUAUUCUCAAUUUUUCCCAGAAGCAAUUGGCAGUGCACAAUUUAUUGAAGGAAAUGGACAUUUAUCUAUGUUAGCAUUACUUAAAACCCUCGGGGCUUUAAUGGAACGUUGUACUGUUGUUAAAGUAUCUGAGAUUGUAUUAAAUAUUUGUGAUACUUUACUAAAUAUGCCAAAUUUGGAAUUUUAUGGAGCUCGUCUUUUCUUUGAAAAUAUUUUACAUAUUUUACACCGUGUUUGUCUUCAAUUGGGUUGUCCGAAUGGUUGUAAUGAAGGAAGUGUUAAAUGUCCUCAAGCAGAAUUUUUAAGAAUAAAAUUGAGAAAUUUAAUUGCACAAAUGCAUAGAAUUAAUUCCGAACUUUUAAUCGAACUUCUUCGUCAAUUAGUGAAGUCAAUACCUACAGCCCAAAUGGUUGAUACAUUACAUUCAUUAACUAUAUUUUGCCGUGCUUCGCCAUCUUUUAAUAAAUUACAUCAACGAAGUAUAUUAACUAGUGGAGGGAAAGUUCAACAAACCCAAUCAACAACCAAAACAAAUUUAACUCCAAAAAUGCCUCCAACCUACAAAAAUAAUUUUAAUGAAGCUUAUGGAGGUAUUGAAAGUAUUCUAAUGAGUGCUAUACUUGGACCUUUACUUUCUAAAUUAACUGCUUCUUCUGCUGAAUUAUGGCAGCCUGAAAAUAUGAGUCUUGCACAGGAUAGUGCCAUGUCUGCAAAAACUAUAAACCGAAUCGGUUCUGCUCGUUGUCCAUGGAGUGAACCUCCACCAUCUUCACAUUUUACAUCAACAACAAUAAAUACAUUACCACCAACAUCCAAAAAUAAAUUAACAACAAUAACAACAAAUAACAAUAACCAACAAUCAUUAUCAAUUGCCCCAGCAAGAGAAUAUGCUGCUUCAUUAAGACGUGGACUUUUUAGAAAAAGAGAAUGGAUGCAAACAACAUUAACUAAAGAAGAAUUAACUGGGUCUUGUGGUGGUGCUGAUAGUGAUGGAGGUGUAAAUGGAGGGGGAGGGGAUUCAACACAAUCUACUCCACCACUUAGAAUCCAUCCUUCAACAUCAAUGGACGAUUCUUCGCUUGGAAGUCCUCAACCACAAACAGUUACUUUAGCACCGAAAAAGGGAGCAGGAAAAAAUUCUUCAACAAAAAAAGGCGGUGGGGCGACUGGACGAUUACUUGGACUUCUUAAAGGAGCUCGACAUGGCACUACAAGUUCCGAUCAAACUGUCAUAAAUUUUGGAGACGAUGAUGGUUCUUUAAAUGCAACAUCUGAUGAACAACAAACUACAACAAAUUUAGUAGAAGAUGAUAGGGAAAGUUCAUUAGGUGGUGGCGGUUCUUUAGAUGCUGGAAGUGUAGGGAGAGGAGGAGGAGGAAAGUCUAAUACUGGCUCUAAUAUUCGAGCAACACCUCCAAGUCGAUUAGCAGCUCCGAAAGCUCAUUUCGGAAUUAUAGAAGGUGAAGAAAAAGGAGGAAGGCAUUUUGAUCAACCAUCAGCCAGUUCACCUCAAAAUAUUCCAAAUUUCUUGCCUCAACGAAAAUUUGUUCAAAUAAAGGAAAUAAGAGAAGGAGCAGCACGUUUUGCUUUUAUUCUAGAGAACAGCAAACCUGGCACCUUUCCUGAUGCUCCUUUAAUUGCUGCACUUCCUGAAUUGAAAUCUACCGUACUUUCGAGAGCUGUUUUAUUACUUGAAUGUAUCCAUUUUGUUCAUCGUUGCAAUAACGGUGCAUGGCCCGAUUGGAUUCGAAGUGGAAUGUCUUUGCCAGGUCGAUUAUUUACUUCUUCGGCAACGGGAAGUGGAGGAUGUGUCCCCCAAACACCUCUUCAACCACAAAGUUCAAUUCGUAUUGGAGGGGGUGGUGGCGCCUCUCGUCGAACUGCUUUAAUGCAACGGGCCAUUGGGAGGGCUCUUUUCUCUUGGGCCUUUCAAUUAGGUAUUCGACUUCAACGUCAAUUGGAUUUAGAGACGGAAUUGAAAAGUACUGCAGAAAUUCGAAAUUUGAAAUUAAUGGAUGAAUUGGAGGAUUUUUUGGAUGAUGGGACUGUGAAUACAGGAGAUAAAGAUGGAAAAGGAUUGGGCACUGCUUUUCCCGUAGCAUUACAAUUAAUGGUUUGUAUGCUUUUACAACAAAUAACUUCUUUUCUUCGUGAAACCUUUCAAUUAUUACCUCGAAGCAGACAACUUUCUCAAAAAGCAAAUAGUGCUGUAUCUAGUGGUUGGGAACGUUUACAGUCAAAUCGUCGUUGGUCUAUUUUAUCAAAUACUUUUAAUCCUCAAAUGUUACAACAACAACAACAUUUAGAUGUCGUUAGUGGUUCUGUCCAUUUAAUUAAUGAAUUGCAUCCGGAACGCCGUAUAAGUUAUUCAACAGCAGAUGAUGAAAAUUCCCCUAGAGGAUCACAUGAUUUAAUAGGGGAAGAACAACAUUUACAAUUACUUCAACAACAACAACUUUUAGAGAAAACUGGAAAAGUCUCAACAGAAAAAUCGCCAUAUUCUCGUCAUAUCCACCCUCGUUCUAAUACUCAAUCUCCUUCUUCAUUAUCUUCUACUUUUCUCCGAUUUGCCUCUCGUUCUCGUCUUUUUGGGAAAGUUGAUUACUAUUCUCCAUUAAUGCAAAAUGACCCAACAGAAUUAAUUAAUAAUUUAUUACAAACAGAAAAAAAUAAUUUUCAACGAAGAAAUUGUUUAAGUGAAGAAAGGAAAUAUCCUCCAUUAAUUGUUGAUAAAGCUAGAAGCGAAAAAAGUAGAAGAAGUGCCGGGGCUGGAAAAGAUUUUGGAAGUAGUCAUAGCCGUUCUAGAUCAGUUCGCCGAUUAGCUCAAGGAAGACAACGCCUUCUUAAAAGAAGUUCACCUUCUUCAGGAGGUAUUGCCCAACAACAAACACCUCCCCCUAGCGCUUCUUCUGUUGUUGACACCUCCUCUUCUGUAUUUAAUCCUAAUUUAAAUAGAUCUUUUAGAGAAUCUUUUAGGUAA